UCUGGUCCGGCCCUGCUCUGGACCAGCUGCUCGGCUUCUCUCUAACUGACCCCGGUAUCGGUCCGCUGUCAUUCCGCCUGUCUCACGUCUCUCAGCUGCGUUCACCCGUUAUGAGAGCUGCGGCGCGUCGGUGCCCUGACUAGAGACCCGGUCCAGUCCCGGUUGAACGUGCUGUGGUCCCUGAGGGACGGGAGCCUCCUCCCUCCUCCUCCUCCUCAUCCUCCCUGUGAUGAGCGGACCGCAGAGCAGCGGCAGGCCGCCGCCUCUCUACCGACGUUUAAGAUGAGCCGAGCCGAGUCGAGCCGAGCCGUGCUGACACCACUGGACACGUCUUAGCCCUCAGUCGGAGAUCAGACCUACCUGUCAUCCUGGAGAUGCGGUUCGGCCGCGUCACGCCUCUCCACAGCCGCGCGGCGCGCUCCCUGCGCGGGGAAGGAGGAGGCGGAGAGUCGCUGCAGCGUCAGACCUUCCUCCUCCUCCUCCUCCUCUUCCUCCUCAGGCCGUGGUCUUCCUCACCGAACCUCCUCCUCCUCCUCCUCUGGCCGUGGUCUUCCUCACCGAACCUCCUCCUCCUCCUCUGGCCGUGGUCUUCCUCACCUCCUCACGGAACCAACGAACCAACGAACCUCCUCCUCCCUGGUCCGGACCCGUCUGAUUCACAUCAUAUCCGGUGUCGGCACCAGAGGGACCGUCACUGAGUCCACAUCUACCACUCAGAGGCUUUAGAGCUGGACCCGGAACCUCUGUGGAGACGGAACCUGGACCAGGUCUGAACCCGGAUCAUCUGAACCCGGACCCUCUGUGGAGACGGAACCUGGACCAGGUGAGACUGAUGAAGAGCAGCUGAGUGACGUGACGUCGUCACAUGUUCGACAUGUUGCACACGCGUGUGUCUCUGCUCGCUCUCCUGUCGCUCUGCCUGUCGUCUUUUCACUCAGAUGGAGUCAGUCAGAGGCCGACAAACACAACACAUCACAACGACAACAACCGCAGCAGCAGCAGAGCUGCGACAGGUGGAAACUGGACUCAGCUCAAUGUGACGUUCAAUGACACUCAGGAACAUGGAACGUUCUCUGAAGUCUUUGGAUUCAGUGACGUGGCCGGCGUUCGCUCCUUCAGACCGGAGCUGGAGGCAGAGUCCAGGAUCAUCGGGGGCCAGGAGGCCUGGGCUCACUCGUGGCCCUGGCAGGUGUCCCUCUGCUUCGCCUCCAUGCCGGCCUGUGGGGGGGCCAUCGUCGCCCCCCAGUGGAUCCUCACUGCUGCUCACUGCUUCACCAGGUUCAACAGAGCUUCGCUCUGGAAGGUGGUGGCUGGAAAACACGACCUGGACAAUCCGGAUGAACCGGGACAACAGUCGACCGGCGUGUCGCUCAUCAUCAGUCACCAUGGCUACAACGCUCGGACCAAAGAGAACGAUGUGGCGCUGCUGAAGCUGCACAAGCCGCUGGUCUUCACCGGGUCCGUCAGACCCAUCAACAUCUGGAUGAGUCCGCUGCCGCUGUUCCAGCUGUGCUCCGUCACCGGCUGGGGCUCCACCCGGGAGAACGGACCUCGAGUCAACCGGCUGCAGGAGGUGAACGUGACCCUGCUGCCCCGCGAGGUCUGCAACCAGUACUACAGUGGCCGCAUCCGGGCCUCCAUGUUCUGUGCCGGGAGGGACCAAGGAGGAGUCGACGCCUGUCAGGGAGACUCUGGUGGUCCUCUGUCCUGCUUCACUGGCAGCAGGUUUGAGUUGGCGGGUCUGAUCAGUUGGGGCGUUGGCUGCGGUCGAGCCCGUCGACCCGGAGUUUACACCAAACUGCAGCAACACACAGGGUGGUUGUACCAGCACAUGGAUGAGAUGAUGUACGAGGAUGACGACGCUGCUGAAGAGGACAGGUGUGGGAAGCGUGGGAGCUCCAGCUGCAGUCGAGCUCCGUUCCUUGCCGGUCUCUCGCUGUCCCAGGACAGUGAAGUGUCUGUGGACAACGUGACUGAGUCCUGCCCGUUCUUCUGGCCCUGGCACGUUAGUCUUCAGUCCAACGGACGCCACUACUGCAGCGGCGUGCUCAUCCACCACCGCUGGGUCAUUGCUGCCAAACACUGCAACAUCAGAGCCAAAGAGGACAUGGUGGUUCUGGGGAUUCACGACCUGCGGUUCUUAUCGUCUCAGACCAUCCUGGUGGAUGAGGUCAUCAACCUGCUGCAGGACGGAAGCUUCCCGCCAAAGUCUGACCUGUCGCUGCUCCGCCUCAGCGUCUCGGCCCGAUUCAACUCCAACGUGUCCCCAAUCUGUGUCCCCGAUGAGGACGAGGAGUUGAACCACAGCUGGAGCUGCGUCACCGCCGGCUGGGGGUCGACGAGGGCCACAGGGGGCGUUGAUCCUGAUCGUCUGCACCACGUUGGACUGACUCUGGUGAACCAGACUUCCUGUGGGGAGCGGUGGGGGAGGGGCCUCGUCACUGACUCUCACCUGUGUGCUGAUCCUGCUGGCUCCGCCUCCUGCAUGGGCGACUCUGGAGCUCCUCUGUACUGUCGGAAGCGCGGCACCUACUUCCUGUUCGGCGUGAUCACGUGGGGCAGUCGGCGCUGUGACGCUGAGAAACCGUCGAUCUUCACCGCCGUGUCCGAUUAUCACUCGUGGAUCACCAAGGUGACGGAAGAGUUCUGACAAUAAACUGGUUCAACUGGAAAACUUUU